CCGCAUAGGUUGGACGUUUUAGGGUUAUAAAUCUAUAAAAAUCCAAAUUUAUCUACCAAAAUGAGGAUUUACAAAGAUAUUUUCACCGGUGACGAGAUCUUCUCUGACUCUUAUAAAAUUAAAUUGGUCGAUGAGGUACUAUAUGAGGUUUACGGUAAACUUAUACAACGUAAAUCAGAUGACAUUACCAUUGAUGGUGCAAAUCCAUCUGCUGAGGAAGCUUCCGAUGAUUGUGAAUCGACUGUCGAGUCAGGUGUUGACGUUGUCUUGAACCACCGAUUGUGUGAAACAUUUGCCUUCCAUGAUAAGAAAUCUUACACUUCCUACCUUAAGGAUUACAUGAAAAAACUCGUAGCUAAAUUACAAGAAACUGCCCCAGACCAAGUAGAAGUUUUCAAAUCAAAUAUGAAUAAAGUAAUGAAGGAUAUAUUAGGCAGAUUCAAGGAACUCCAAUUCUUCACUGGAGAAUCGAUGGAAAUUGAUGGCAUGGUGGCUAUGUUGGAAUAUUGUGAUAUUGAUGGAGAUUCUGUCCCAGUUUUAAUGGCAUUCAAACAUGGAUUGGAGGAAGAAAAGUUCUAGAUGAUUUUAGCAGCAAAAUAUUAUUUAUGACAAUUCCAUCUUUUUUCAAUUGUGAAAUGCUAAUUAUUUU